UUACACACACACACACACACACACACACACACACACGCUGUGCAUGGCUCUUGCCUCGCGCGCGCUGGGAACGAGAUGAACUUUUCCAAGAGUUUGGCGUUUUUGUCGCGGAGAGCGGAGUAAAGUUAUUUUAUUUUAUCUUAUUCAUAUAGACAGGUUUUCAAACGUGCAAAAGGAGGAUGAAGAUGAUGAUUUGCGCGAUCCUGUUAGCGUGUUUAUGCAGGAGCGCAGCUGCGCAGUACUCCAGUGACCAGUGCAGCUGGAGAGGAAGUGGUCUGACUCAUGAAGCUCACGCACGGGAUGUAGAGCAGGUGUACCUGCGUUGCUCUGAGGGUUCUCUGGAGUGGCUUUACCCCACCGGUGCCAUCAUCGUGAACCUCAGACCCAACACGUUUCCUGAAGCAGGUGCUGACUCUCGACUGAGCGCCUGUGUGAAGCCCCGAGCUGAUUCCCUCGGUGCCAGCAUGUUCGUGGAGCGCGCAGGAGUGAUGCGCAUGCUGCUGAGUGAGGAAGAGCAGGCGGCCGGCCGUGUCCGCUGCUUUAGCCUCGACGAGGGAGCGCUGUUCGUUCAGGCCUCCACACACACAGACAUCAGCAAGAGAGUCACGGCGUUCCAGUACGAGCUGAUCAGAGGAGAGAGAGACACGGCAGGAGAGACGAUUUCACCCACAGAGUCGUGUAAACCCUGCACCGAUGAUGAGAUCCUCAUGGCCGUCUGCACCGGUGACUUUGUGGUGAGGGGCAGCAUCGAGUCCAUCAUCAGGGAGGGCAGUGAUGAUGAACAGCAAACGUCGAUGUUGGUGUCAGUGAGUCGUCUGUAUCGCCAAAAGCGGCGUGUGUUUGAGGGACGCGGGCGCAGCAGGUGGUCAGGACACAUAAUGGUCCCACGGAAUUGCGGCAUACAGGUGGGGCAGGGACCAGAUUUUGGGGUGUGGAAGCCGGCAGGGCUUGAGGAGUUUCUGUUCACAGGAGCCGUGAGGUUUGGCGAGGCGUGGCUUGGAUGCACUCCUCGGUAUCAUGACUUUUUACUGAUGUACCAGGCUGCUGUAGAAUCAGGAAGUAACCCCUGCCAUAUGGACAUGAACUGAGAACACAGAUCACAUGCACAAUCGUUUUUGUGGUCAGAAAAUCAAAAUGUAUUGGUCUUUAGUUCUUGCAAAGUUAUAUUUUUGGGGUUGUAUAAACAGCACACUGUGUGUUGUUUGUAGAUCUAAAGACCCAAAGUCUAAGGCUGAGAGCACUAUUAAAGCUUUUCCACUGGACAGUGUGUUACGGCACAGCUCGAUUCUGCAUGCUGCACCGUUCCAAAUUUUUUGCCAGAUGAACGGAACCGAAACUAAAGAACCGCUUUCAGUUUACACAAUCGAGGUACCGCUCAUCUGUCUAUUUACAGUAAUAAUAGAGUAAUAUGAAUUGUAGUACCUGGAGUAAUAUGGAUGACAGGAUGACACACAAGUGAGCUGAAUUGAUAAUUUUUAUUUACUUAUUCAUUUAUCUUUAUACAAAUCAUGGGAAAUUUAGGCCGUAAUAUAGCUACGGCUGUAGUAGAGUCUGGAUGAACAAAUCUAACAACUAACAACUUUACAUAACUGUAGGAGGCCCAUCAUAUAAUAGGUCUGACACAAUCAGAGAGAAGUUGUAGAUAUAAAUUUUUCAGGUAAAAGUUUGCUCAUGAUGUUAAUUAUUAGUAACCACAACCUCCAGAAAACUCCUACCCACAAGGCCACCAUUAAACUGACAUGGUGUGCAGUGCUCAGUUAGAGCUGUAUCAUGCCACGCUGUUCGGAGGAAAAGGGUGUGUGUAUGUUGAUGUGUGUGACCUCUUAUGUUUGUGUAUACCUGGGCUGUCAUAAAAAUACAUCCUGUACGAAUCCAACUAGGUUCCUUAUUCUCUACGAAUGAGAAGUGUAAAUGAUCUCAGAUUGAAACGUCAGUUACAUCAGACAACAUGUGCAUUAAUAACUCAACAAGUAAACAGUUUAUGAUGAUGGACUGUUGAAGCUGAAUGUUAUGUAUGAUGAUGAGAAAUGUGAUGAUAUUUGAGGAUGUUUCUGUUUUUGAUGUCAGUCCUGUUGUACGUUGAGAGGACGUUUGUUGCUGCUUUUGUUAGAAAGCUUUCUGUAUAGUUCAGUCGAUUCUCUUGACUGAGUUUUAAGUUCUUUAUUGUUUGUGCCUAUCUUUGUAUGUGUGUGACUGAACAAAAUGUUUUCUCUCAGCCAAUGUGAAUAAAACACAUUAAAAAAUUAAAA